AUGGAAACCCAUCCUUGUCGUUCAUGUUGUUAUUUUUUUAAAAGUAAAAUUAUUUCACUUUUUAAAAUUAUUUUUAUAAUUAUGCCCUAA